CGGUGUUUUCAAGGCUAUGUUGAAGCAAGGCGGGGAUACCGCCCGAGAGAUCAAGAAACCUGGACAACGGUCCAGUAAUCCAGCUGUGUGAAGUCAAAGCUACGUGCACCUGGACGAAGGGUUGCAUCGGCACUUCCCUUGGUGGUGUGCGGAUUUGGCGAGCAGGUGAAGAAGGCGAACCAUGGACGGUGGUGACCGCCCCCGUGAUUGGGGAGAUAGACGAGACAGAUACAGUGAUGACGGAAGACGAGGACGUGAGGAGUUUGACCGUGGCCGGUUACACGAACGCGACGGGCGAGAACGGCGCAAUGACUCCGCUGAACCUACACGAAGACUCCCGCCGGUAUGCUUCGGGUGUAAGGUACCUGGACACUACCGUAGCGACUGCUGGAGAUUCUGGGCCGACACGGCAUCAAGGAAGCAGGCCGAGCGCGAUGGAUAUGCAUGUCCGCCGGAGUUCGAUAGGCGUGGCCGCUCCAUAUCACCAAAACGAAGCUACGGAGCACCGUUACACAGAUCACCGUCGGCAGACUCGAAGACCGUGUCGAAACUGGAAGAGCUCGGGGAGCGUGUGGCCACCUUGAAGGAAUUUGUCGAGUUGGAAAAGGUACGCCGCGAAGAAAAAGAGAAGAAAAGACUGGCAAGGGAAGAAGCUAGGAAGAAAGAGUUAGAAGCUGUACAGCGAGAGGCGGAGGAAUGCGUAGCUGAGGAAGCCCGCUGCCUGAGGAAGCUGGAGAAACAGCGACGCCGCGAGGAAGAGCAACUGGCCAUGACCAAGGCCGUGGAGAUGCAGUUAGCAGUGAGGCUAAGCAAGAUACAGGAAGAGAUCAAGAGCGAAGUGCGGAAGGUAGUGGAAAAAGGAAAGGCGAAGGAGGAACAGCCUCCUCUUCUGGAACGGCAAGUGAACCUAGUGAGGUGGAAAUAUGCUCGCGCUGAAGUGUCGGCCUGCAUAUGCGCAGGUCUUCCUUACCCACGGGUAAGAGGUCACGUGCAGUUUCGUUUGCAAGAGUUGGAUGGCGUGCCAGAGUUGUUGGGCAAUGCAAAGAACUUCCCCAAACCAGCACGGGGAGAUCGUUUACUCAGUCUGAGGAAGGAAGUGGAAGUCGCGUUUGACAGCUGCCCAAAUAUUAAGGGACAGAGGGUGACCUGUUCGAUGGCCGAGUUGGCCGUUUGUGUGCAGGAUAGGAGUGAGGUGAAUGGGUGCUUGGGACAGGACGUAGUUCGAGAAUGGGGUAAGGCUUUGCAGGGCUUGGUGCUUACACCUCUGGACCGAAAUCCAGGUGUAACAAUGGUGAUGUGCCCGCAUUUGUACUUUGAAGGAAUGAUGGGAUUGUUUAUCAGAAGUGGGGGUUACUCUAUUGUUACUGACGAUGCGAGUAAGGUCCUCCUGGAUAUGAAGGAUGAUCUAAGGGAUGCGAACCUUACUGACUUCGCCAGAUGGAACAAGAAAGGGUCGAUUGGGCAGGCGUAUGUGAUACCUAAGCAAAAGGACCCAAACCGGUUUCGGCCGAUAUGCCCUUCCUUCUCCGAGCCAACCGCAAAAACCAGCAAGGCAGUAGCAAAGGCACUUAACCAUAUGCUGUACACCAUCCCCACUGACUGGCAUUUCAAUCUGAAAGAUGUGUCACAGUUGGCCAAGAAGGUGGAGUGGUGUAAGCAUCGGAUGAGUAGGAUUGCUCCUGAGGUGGUGGAAUCCCGAUCCUAUGAUAGAAAGGAUAUGUUUAGCUUGUUACCCCAUGCGGAAUUUGACUUUCUCCAAAGCUUGGUCUACGGGAUCCGACUGAUGGACGACGUGGGUGUAACAGUGGGAGGAAGGGAGGACGAUGACGCGGAGCGGAAAGCUAUCUUUGCUGCAUUUGAGAAUGCCUACCCAAGGAAUCUAACUUUGAAACGAACGGAUGAGGGCUGCAAUGUGUGGGAAUUUCUAGGAUGUGAAGUCAGAGUGAACUGUGAGUACCCCUUCAUCAAAUGUGUACAGUUGUCAAAGAAUGAGGCUACCAUCUGGAACACAGAGAUCUUGGAAAUUCUGAGCGGACAGUCUUUUAACUCAUGGGGAAGUAAGGCGCAGAAAAGCGCAGUGAUAUGCAGUUAUCUGCAUCGAAUCGAUAGGAACACUACUGUCCGCUCGGAAAUCCCACGCAGAGUAGUCACGCUUAAGAAAGAGCUGCGACUUAAGGAUUUCCCUGGGAAAUUCUUUGAUCGGAUACUGAGAAGCUUCACACAUGGACGCAAAGAGCCUUGGAAAUGGACCUGCGCCCUGGCUGUAUUGGGGCCUCAUCAUGCUAGUCGAGUAGGGUAUUCAAUUAGGGCGAACCUCGGUGACUAGUUACAUGGUUGGAGCUGAAGUGUUAGUAGCCGAAGUCAGCAUCUGGAGUGUUCCGACAGG